AUGGUCCGCCUCGGAAACGUCUUCACCACCGCAUUACUUGCCGGCUCAACGGUCCUGGCUCAUCCAGGGCACGAUGUUGCUGAAGAGGCUGCUGAACGUGCCGAUUUUUUCAAGCGUAACCCAAAGACCUUACGCUCUUGCGCAGAGAAAUUGAAAGCCCGAGGGCAUGAAUCUGCCAGUAUUGCUCGCCGCCAGGCGUUGGCUGAUCAUCUACGCGUCAAAAGAGGCCUUGCUGCGAAGCCCCUGAUCCACCGUCGGGACUUCAGCUCUUACAAUCACACACACCUUUCAACAAAUGCGUCCAUUUCCUUGGACAUGGACGAGGCCACUCUGUUCGCGGAUAAUUCCUCGUGCACGCUCCAAACCGAUGUCACGCAAGGCCCAUAUUAUGUCAAUGGAGAAUUGAUCCGCAAGAAUCUGGUGGAUGAUGAGCCAGGCGUGCCAUUGACACUAGACAUCCAAAUUAUCGAUACCUCAACUUGCGAGCCUGUUCCGGCACUAUAUAUGGACCUGUGGCAUGCCAAUUCCACCGGAGUUUACAGCGGUGUCGUUGCCAAUGGAAAUGGGAACAGUAACGAUACUACAAAUCUCAACAAUACUGCGUUGAGAGGUAUCCAAGAAACCGACAGCAAUGGUGUUGUGCAGUUCGAGACGGUGUUCCCAGGUCACUAUAGCGGUCGCGCCACCCACAUCCACUUGCUCACUCAUAAUCCCAACUCCACAACUGUCCGUGUUAACGGGACUCUGCUCAACGCGAAUACCUCGGCUGAGGUCCACGCUUCGCACGUCGGACAGCUGUUCUUCGAUCAGGACCUUAUCUCGCUGAUCGACACCGUUGAGCCUUAUAGUUCCAACACUCAAGAAAUCACCUUGAACUCGGACGACAGUAUACUUAACCAGGAAGCAGAUACCACGGACCCCUUUGUCGAAUAUGUUCUGUUGGGUGACACUGUGGAAGAGGGGAUUCUGGCGUGGGUCAGCAUUGGCAUCGAUCCUACUGAGGACCAAGAAGUCAACUAUGCUGCAACACAUUACAAGGACGGUGGUGUUUCCAAUGACAAUGCUGAGGGAGGAAUGGGAGGCGGCAGUCCGCCCAGUGGCACCGCGGCAGGGUCUGGUGCGCCUCCUGCCGGAACAAUGUCCGCAAUGGAAUCGACCGGGUCCAGUGCCUGA